UCUUGUCUAGACAUUAAAAGGAAAAAGAAAGGCUUUACAGUGAACAGUUAUUUCAAUCUGAUUGAGAAAGAAGCUGCUUUUUUUAGAGAUUAGCAUGAGAGUUUGAGGUGGAAUAUUGGUGAGAAAUUUCAUCUAUGGCUGGAGAAGACUUAGUGGAGCUCAAAUUCAGGCUUGCAGAUGGAAGUGACAUUGGUCCAAGCAAGUAUAGUUCAUCUACAACUGUAGCAUCUCUCAAGGAGAAAAUACUUGCUCAGUGGCCUAAAGACAAAGAAAAUUGCCCAAAGACAAUACAGGAUGUGAAGCUAAUUAAUGCUGGAAAGAUACUUGAAAACAACAGAACACUUGCUGAGUCCAGACUCCCGGUUGGUGAAUGUCCGGGAGGUGUAAUCACAAUGCAUGUCGUUCUGCGUCUUCCUUUGUCAGACAAAAAGAAUGAGAAACAACAGAAUGAUUCUCCAAAGAAAAGCAGCUGUUCAUGCACAAUCUUGUAGCUGCCUAAUCAGUUUACUGAUGCUUAUUCUACUGACGCCGGUUACUUCAAGCAUUCCUGUUAUACUUAUUUGUUGAGAUUGCAAUCCUUCAACAUUACACAUGUUUCAGGGUUGAUUACCAAUUCUGGUGGCAGCAGAAAUAUGUAAAAAAAAAAAAAAGGUUGUGCGGUUUGCUUUACUGGAAAAUCUUGCAUUUCCUUUGUUGCUUGUGAAAGAAAGGGCCAAAAACAAAGGAACAGUGUUGAAUUUGAAGCUUAGUUGAUGGACCAAAAAAGAUUAAAAAAAGAAAUUUAAAGAAGAAAUUAUUGAUUUCAUUAUUUUUUAAUUAGACUGCUCUUGAAAAUGUAAAUUCCUUUUUGUCACCUGCAUGAUAGUGGAUGACCACGUGUUUUUGGAAUCAGAAAGACGAGACAAAGUGAAGUGUGGAUGAAGAAAAGA